AUGAAAAUAGAGCGUCAAGACACUUUUAUGAGAGAUGCCAUACCAGCAAGGGUAAAGUUAGAAGUAACCCUGUGUUUUCUAAGCUCAGGAAUAUCAUACAGGCUGUUAGCAAUAUUUUUCAGGAUUUCAAAAUCCUCCAUAUUAAAAUUUAUACCAGAAGUUUGUGACGUUAUGUAUGAAGCUUUGGACGAAUAUUUGCAGGUACCAGACAAAAGGGAAUGGGAAGACAUACAAGUAGGAUUUCACCACAGGUGGAAUUUUCCAGGAUGUUGUGGAGCCAUCGACGGCAAACAUGUGGUUUUCUUGUUCUCUGUAGAGAUUCAUGAAUGUAAUAUUAUUCUCAGAAGACCACCUUUCGGAGCCCAUUUCGAAUUGGGUAAACGUUUGUGGCGCAGCACACAUAAAAUACAGCUUCUGCUUCGUAAUUGCGGGCUGACACUGGCGAGCUACUGCCGAACAUGUCCGAACGAUGCGAAUGACGUCCGAGCUGUUGCCAUAUGCGCGUUGCUGUCGGGCCAGUAG